AUGGCUGACUUGCGCCUUCCUAUGCAUCAGACUGAAGGCCAGCAAGACUGGAUCAAGAUAGAACAUUCCGAAACUCGGACUUCUCGGGGGCUGGCUUGCACCGAGCCGAUCGUUGAGCGCAUCGCCCGUAUUCAAGCUGAUGCACGGGAGCUCUCAGAAUAUUAUAAAGUUGAAUCAUCGACAUCGCGAUACAAGCGCCUACAUGAGUUCUACGCUUCCGAGAUCGACUCCCUGCGCGAGUUGGCCUUCGAUUCGUACAAUCAGGAUGAGAAGGUAGACUACCUACUAGUCCAGAACUACAUGGCGCGGGCGCAAAGGACUUUGGACCUCGAAAGGUUGCGUAAUGAUGAUUACGCCGAGUUUAUUGACCCAUUCGCGAAAACCAUCGAGGAGUGGGUGGGGGCCCGUAUGAGGGUAGACACAAUUGAGCCCAAGGAGGCGGCCGAGAGCCUUGAUUCAAUGACGAUAAAUAUUGCCAAUUGCAAGGAUAUCAUCAAGAACGCCAAGCGGGGAGCAUACUCCAAAGCGACAGGUUAUCGGGCUGCUAAGACGGUCGAGACGCUGCGUGCCCAUCUCAAGGAGACUUACGACUUUUACGCUGGCUACGAUCCAGUCUGGGAUUGGUGGGUCCGAGAACCUUUCACACGCAUCGACACGGCGCUCGGAGCGUAUCGCGACUUCAUCCGCCAGGAACUCGUCGGCAUCCAGCCUGGAGAUGAGGACGUCAUCAUAGGAGAGCCGAUCGGACGUGACGGGCUGCUGACAGAACUCAAAGCUGAGAUGAUCCCUUAUUCACCAGAGGAACUGAUACGCAUCGCUGAGAAAGAGUAUAGCUGGUGCGAAACGGAGAUGAUCAAAGCCUCGAGGGAGUUGGGCUUCGGAGACAAGUGGCGCGACGCAUUAGAGCACGUCAAGGGGCUUAUAGAGCCACCGGGUGCCCAGCCCGUGUUCAUCAAGUCUCUAGUGGAUCAGGCCACAGAGUAUGUGAAGAAGCAUGAUCUGGUGACGGUGCCGAGAGUCGCAGAGGAGGCAAUCCGCAUGAAGAUGAUGUCUCCAUCGCGACAGAAAGUGUCCCCUUUCUUCCUUGGGGGCCCGGAACUCAUUGUAUCCUAUCCGACCAGUGACAUGUCACAUGCCGACAAGAUGAUGAGCAUGAGGGGCAACAACAGGCACUUUUCCAAGGCGACCGCGUUCCACGAGAUGAUUCCAGGUCAUCACUUACAGCUUUUCGUGGCCGAGAGGGUAAAGCCGCACCGCCAGAUGUUCGAGACGCCUUUCUAUAUCGAAGGCUGGGCUCUCUACUGGGAAAUGCUCUUCUGGUCACGAGGCGACUUUUUCACAAGGCCGGAAGAUAGGGUGGGAACACUAUUCUGGCGAAUGCAUAGGUGCGCGCGUAUAGUGUUCAGUCUCAAGUUUCACCUUGGCCGGAUGACACCGGCCGAGUGUAUCGACCUACUCGUCAACUGGGUUGGUCAUGAAAGGGCAAACGCGGAAGGCGAGGUCAAGCGAAGUUUCAACGGGGACUAUAGUCCGUUGUACCAGGCUGGUUAUCUCCUCGGCGCAUUGCAGCUCUGGAGAUUCCGAGGCGAGGUGGUAGGUCAGGGGUUGAUGGGGGACAAGGAGUUCCAUGACAGGAUCCUGAGGUCAAACAUGAUGCCAGUCGAACUUCUGCGAGCCCUGAUCCUCAAUCAAGACCUAGAUAAAGACUUCAAGAGUAGCUGGCGGUUCUACGGUGAUAUAUAG